AUGUCUUCUUCCCCUGUCAAUUCUUGCUUAGUUUAUGCACUCAUCAUUCUUAUCCUAAGUUCACUGGUUUCAAGUGGAGCGGUUAGUUAUGCAGUAUGUUUCGCUACCUGUAUGGCUACAUGUGAAGGCGGAGCGGCGGCCGCAGUAGGUGCUGGAGCCGGUAUAGUUGCAGGUGCUGCGACUGCUGGUAUUGGAGCAGUACCUGCCGCGUUGGCUGCUGGUGGGGCCGCGGCGACGGCCGCUGCAGGCCCGUGUGCUGUUACAUGUGCUGCUACUUGUGCAUGGGCACUUCUUCCUUUUUUACCGUAA